AUGGUAACACGAUACACUUAUACCGCACCAAGCAAGGUUUUGACCUCACCAGAAAACACAGAGACUUCUCAAAACUCAAAAGCUACUGCAGGUGCAGAGGCUGCUCGCACUGCACCCUCUCAUAGCUCAAUCGACCCUCCCGAAGAGCGACUUCUCAAGGUGUACGAGGCCUCGCAAGCUGCCAGGGACUACUUCAGGUCGAAUGCUAAUAACCCCAAUUUGCAUACCAAAGACCGAACUGCCAGUCUUGUAGGAUUAGAUAUACUGGAAAGCAGAAAUUCCCUAGAAGAACUCACUCCAGAACAAUAUAAAGAACACAUCCAGACCUUUUACGAUGGUUCUGGUAUGGGUCAAAAAGGGAUUUACCCAACUACUGCACAGUACGAAGACUACAUGGAAGGAUUAUGGCGAGAGUUUUACUUUAGGACCAAGAAGACAAAUGAUAUGUCAAAAGAUGGAAAUUUUAGAACUUUCAUUUCCUAUACCGCGGGUUUAGAAGAAGAUGAUCCUUAUGUAACUAAUCAAGACAAGUUAGCAGAGGAUGAACCAUAUGUCGGGCUCACACGAAGACAAUUGCUGAGAGAUACACUGUUGACUCGAAGAAUAACUCUCUUUGAGCAGGACCUCCAGACAAAGAAGGAUUGGUUGAUUGAUAGAUAUCAGGAGCGAUGGGAGGACAUUGUGUAUCUCAGGAAGAAUAGACUGCCUGGGCACUUCGGAAAAUCUGCUCAACUGGUUUAA